AACUCCCCUGAAGCGCCACAUGCGGGCGGGGUCUCAUGACGCUUUCUCGUGCUCGCUUUCUCGUGCUUGCUUUCUCAUGCUCGCUUUGCGGCUGCCGCGGCUCGUCAGCGGCACGCACGGCCUUGGUUCUGUCAUGGAGGGCAUACUGGACUGAUGUGGACAUGCUCUGGGGGCCAUGCACCACCACCCACGGAGCCCAGCUGUUGUUGCGGCUCCCCGCAACGCCUGCCAGGCUGAGAAGACGCUGCCGGCCUGCUAGUAUGUCAUCCCUGUGAGCUUGAACACCAGACCAACAAGCACUCUGAUCUGCUGUGCUGAGCUGUCUCGCUGUGUACCUACAGUGUAGUAUGCAUGCCGACACCCAAUGCCAGGGAUCCUUGGAAGCCGAGCCCGUGUAAACCCGAGCGGCCGCCCCCAGCCCAGCCGCCCACCGCCGCCGUGCCACUCUCGGAGUUACGGCGGAGAUGCGUGGAUGUGGCCGCCCAGUUUGCCAUCGCCUAAGGAUCGCCGGCGUGUGCCUCGUCGAUUCUUGCCCGCCGCCGGGUAGCUAGGCAAUUGCCCCAUCUCACUAGCGCCCCAGGUCCCGCCCGGAUGGAAUCACCAAGUCGACUUUGGGUAUCGCCUGUAACUAAGCCACCCAACCUGCCAACCCAGUGAGGUACCUGCGGCUACCGCAUCUGGUCUCGUCAACGACGUGAUUUCUCGACGCCUCCCCCCGGCGGGUACAGUAGGAUGGUGGGAGACACUACUCCGGCAUAGCCAUGCCCUUUGCCGAGGUCAUCUGCCCACUGCGAGUAGCUUGACACAACAGUAAAGAGCAGGUACUUUGUUUCUCCCGUCUCAAUAUAUUUUGUUUUUCCGUCUCAACAAACCACUCAACCUGGUUGGUAAUCCCCUUUGCUUCCCAUUUCUCCCUGUUAUCUAUCCCCUGUCCAACAUCUCCACCUCGACAGCGGCUCUUCCUGGCAACUUCUCCUCCAGCGCCAUCUCCCCCUUCUGGGAACCCCCGUGCAGCCUCUUUCACGUCACAAAACAUCACCCCCCGACUUCCCGCCAUCACACGCCUGCCAGUCUCCAUCCCCGAGCUAGUCUCCUCUUGUGCCUUUGAUAUCCCGUGCGCCUCCAGUCUUUCAGCCCACGCAGACCUUCGCCGCCACAGGAUCUUCCAUCUAAUCCUCCUUGUGACCAUGCCUCCUGCAGCAGAGCUCGAGUUGCGGCCGUCGGGUGGCGUGGCGGAUCCCCUUGAAGGCAUUAGUGGGAAGCCAUUUUCCGUGACCCCCAAACUCAAGCCCGGCCACGGCUUCCGAGAGACCAACGGCGGCCGUCCAGAGUCUCGCAUCAUCGACAUCCGCGCUGCCGGGAUUGAAACCAAUCUCAAGGCUGAGAUUGUGACACUGUUCCGCCCAAAGGCCGGGCCGCGCGUCUUGCCAACAAUUCUUCUCUACGACCAACGCGGCCUGCAGCUCUUUGAGGAGAUAACGUACCUGGACGAAUACUAUCUGACCAAUGACGAGAUCUCCGUGCUGGAAACCUCAUCGGCCGAGAUCGCCAAGGAGAUUCCGGACGGGUCCAUGAUCAUUGAGCUUGGUAGCGGCAACCUUCGCAAGGUCAGCAUCCUUCUCCGGGCUCUCGACGAUGCCGGGAAGAGUGUCGACUACUAUGCUCUCGAUCUUUCCGAGGACGAAUUGAAGAGGACGCUGGCCCAAGUGCCUCAUUACAAGCAUGUUCGAUGCCACGGGCUGCUCGGGACGUACGACGACGGCCAGGAGUGGCUCAGGUCGCCCGCGAACCUUGGUCGACAAAAGUGCAUCCUAUUUCUAGGAUCAAGCAUCGGCAACUUCCGGCGAGACGAGGCUUCCGAGUUCCUCAGGGGGUUCUCGCAGGCCCUCCGGCCCGGAGAUUCCAUGCUGAUUGGGGUCGACUCGUGCUACGACCCUGGCAGAAUCUACGAUGCAUACAACGACAGCAAGGGCGUCACACACCAGUUCAUCCUCAACGGUCUCGUCCAUGCCAACCGAAUCCUCGGAGAGGAGGCAUUCCAUGUGGCCGACUGGCGCGUCAUCGGCGAGUAUGUGUACGACGACCAAGGGGGCCGCCACCAGGCAUGGUACACCCCGAUCCGAGACACAUGGGCAAUGGGACAGCUCGUUCCUGUGGGCGAACGGGUCUUUGUUGAGCGAAGCGUCAAGUUCACCCCAUCCGAUAGGGAGAAGCUUUGGCGGGACUCGGGUGUGGCUGAGGCUGGCCGGUGGGCUCACGGCACCGAAUAUGGGCUCCAUCUGCUUGCGAAGCCGAACAUGCCGUUCAGCCUGUCUCCAAGCGAUUACGCGCCGUCGGCCCUGCCCAGCCUGGCCGACUGGCGAGAGCUGUGGGCUGCAUGGGACUCGGUCACGCGUGGGAUGCUCCCGAAAAAGGAGUUGCUGGAGAAGCCAAUCAGGCUGCGCAACGCCUGCAUCUUCUAUCUUGGCCACAUCCCCACCUUCUUGGACAUUCAGUUGACCAAGACCACCAGGAGCCCGGCGACGGAGCCGCAGUACUAUUAUUCCAUAUUCGAGCGAGGGAUCGACCCUGAUGUCGAUAACCCAGAGAAGUGCCAUGCGCACUCGGAGAUCCCCGGGGAGUGGCCACCCGCGGCCGAAAUUGCCCGAUAUCAGGAACGGGUUCGGGCGAGGCUCCAGGGCAUCUACGCCGCCGGCGAACGAGAUAUCCCACGCAGCGUCGGAAGGGCCAUAUGGGUCGGUUUUGAGCACGAGGCCAUGCACCUGGAGACGCUGUUGUACAUGCUUCUCCAGAGCGACAAGGCGCUGCCACCCCCUGGCAGCCGUGCUCCAGAUUUCGAGCAGCUAGCCGCCAAAGCUGAGGCCGGGAGAGUGACCAACCAGUGGUUCGAGAUCCCGGCUACGGAACUGACCAUCGGGCUUGACGACCCAGAGAGCGGUACCGAUCUCGACCGAGACUACGGAUGGGACAACGAGAAGCCCGCGAGGCUAGUCAAAGUGGGCGCCUUCCAGGCGCAGGCAAGGCCGAUCACGAAUGAAGAGUACGCAAAAUAUAUGUAUCACGAGGGAGUCGACCGUAUGCCGGCCUCGUGGGUUGCUGUCGGCACCGAGGGAAGCGCGAAGGGCACCGCCGUUGGUAUCAACGGGACCACAAACGGCCAGGGGCCCAUCGACAAGCUCGAGAACGGCCUCGAGAACGGGCACACCAAUGGCGAUGCCAACGGUCACGUCGCCAACCGAGUUCACGGCUGUAGCCUGCCAGCCUCAUUCACGGCGGGCAAGGCCGUCAGGACCGUUUAUGGGCCGGUGCCGCUCAAAUUCGCAUUGGACUGGCCGGUCUCGGCCUCGUACGACGAGCUGUCAGGCUGCGCGGCGUGGAUGGGCGGCCGGAUCCCGACCUUUGAAGAGGCCCGAAGCAUCUACGAGCACGCACAGGUGCUGCAGAAGGACGCGGUAGACAGGGAGCUGGCGAGGAAGGUGCCGGCAGUGAACGGCCACCUCUCCAACGACGGCGUCGAGGAAACCCCUCCGUCCCGGGCCGCGGGACCGGGCGGCGACGAGCCGCGGCCCGACGGCCGGGGGCUCUUUGUGGACCUCGCCGGCGCCAAUGUCGGGCUGCAGCAGUGGCACCCGGCGCCCGUCACGGGCGACGGGGCCCGGCUCGCGGGCCAGGCACAGAUGGGCGGGGUCUGGGAGUGGACGAGCUCGCCCCUCGAGAGGCACAACGGCUUCGAGCCCAUGGAGCUGUAUCCCAAUUACACCGCCGACUUCUUCGACGGAAAGCACAACAUCGUGCUCGGCGGCUCGUGGGCAACCAUCCCUCGCAUCGCGGGGCGGAAGUCCUUCAUCAACUGGUACCAGCGCAACUACCCGUACGUCUGGGCUGGCGCGAGACUCGUCAGGGACGUGCCCGUCUAG